UUUUGGAGGGGCCGCGGGAGACGUGGUGUCGCGGCGGGCUCGCUCUGCCGUUCGCUAGGCUUGGUGGGAAGGCCUGUUCUCGAGUCCGCGCUUUUCGUCGCCGCCAUGUCGGGAGGUGGUGUGAUUCGUGGCCCGGCAGGGAACAACGACUGCCGCAUCUACGUAGGGAACUUACCUCCAGACAUCCGAACCAAGGACAUUGAGGACGUGUUCUACAAAUACGGUGCUAUCCGCGACAUCGACCUGAAGAAUCGCCGCGGAGGACCGCCCUUCGCCUUCGUUGAGUUCGAGGACCCGCGGGAUGCGGAAGACGCGGUGUACGGUCGCGACGGCUAUGAUUACGAUGGAUAUCGUCUGCGGGUGGAGUUUCCUCGAAGUGGCCGUGGUACAGGCCGAGGCGGCGGCGGGGGUGGAGGUGGCGGGGCUCCCCGGGGCCGCUAUGGCCCCCCAUCCAGGCGUUCUGAAAACAGAGUGGUUGUCUCUGGACUGCCUCCAAGUGGAAGCUGGCAGGAUUUAAAGGAUCACAUGCGUGAAGCAGGUGAUGUAUGUUAUGCUGAUGUUUACCGAGAUGGCACUGGUGUCGUGGAGUUUGUACGGAAAGAAGAUAUGACCUAUGCAGUUCGAAAACUGGAUAACACUAAGUUUAGAUCUCAUGAGGGAGAAACUGCCUACAUCCGGGUUAAAGUUGAUGGGCCCAGAAGUCCAAGUUAUGGAAGAUCUCGAUCUCGAAGCGUAGUCGUAGCAGAAGCCGUAGCAGAAGCAACAGCAGGAGUCGAAGUUAUUCCCCAAGGAGAAGCAGAGGAUCACCACGCUAUUCUCCCCGUCAUAGCAGAUCUCGCUCUCGUACAUAAGAUGAUUGACAUAUCUGAAGAGAUGGAUUAAGAAUGCUUUGGAUUAAGGAUUGUGGAGCACAUUUCAAUCAUUUUAGGAUUGUCAAAAGGAGGAUUGAGGAGGAUCAGAUCAAUAAUGGAGGCAAUGGUAUGACUCCAAGUGCUAUUGUCACAGAUGAAAUUGGCAGUAUUGACCUUAUACUAAAGGCAAGGGUUUAAAUUAUGUAUACAUCUACCAUAAAACACUUGUAAGCAUCUUAUGCAGUUACCUUUAGCUACAAUUGCUUUGCUCUUUAAACCUUGGCAAUUGUGGCAAAAUUACAUUGCCCAUUUUGUAACUAUUUUGCUCCCUUCCCUUUUUUAUUUUAAUAGGGACUAAUGUGGGAAGAACUGGCUAAUUUGUCAUAAUGCUUAGUUACAACUGUUAAUGUGUGACCUGCUGUUGGUGUACAUGUGGGUACAGGGUGUCUUUAAUUCCAACCAGAUAGAGUAUAAUAUCAAUACUGCUAAAUCUGCAUGUCCUCUGUGUGACUGAUAUAGCGUUGCUACUUCAUUUUUUAAAGACAAAAUGAAAGCAAAAUAUAGAAUUCCAACAUAUUGGUGUAGAUAAUCUAGUUGGGAAUAAUUUUAAGUCUCACCUUCCCCUUUAAACUAGUAUUCAUAAUUGACUCAUGUUUAAAAUACUUUUAAUUUACAAAUUAAAUUACAAAUGGGAGCAUUAGAUUUAGUUUAGACUUAGGGGGGUAGCAGUACCAGUAAACUUUUCAACUACGUAACUUUUUGCAACCACAAAACCUGUAAUACGCUGUACAGUAACAAGUGUUGGCAUUAUCAGUUGAACUGUAAAUAUAAAAUGCUUCUUCCAGUUAGUCUCUAUGAUGAUUAAGUUUCUAAAAUUUAUCAGAACACCAUUCAGAAACUUGUUUUGGGGAAUUUGAUAGUUAUUGAUGUACAUCUGUUAAACUGAUGACAGACAUAACUCAUCAUUCCCCAGAAACCUUUUUUGAUUACAGUAUCUAACAUUUUGCCUCCUCUUUUUUGGUUUUGCUGGUUAUAAAGGUUUGGAUUGGAGAGGGCUCACUGGAUCCCAAUCCUUGGAGCUGGAUCAUUGGAUUCAAAUCAUAAUGUGGAUAGGAUAGGGAGGAUGAAUUACAAGGAUUCAUGGAGCGGGAUCAGAUUACCAGGAACAUAGGAGUGGAUUCCUGCCCCAACCAAACCGCAUUCGUGUGGAUUUUUUUUUUUUUUUUCAACUUAAUUGGCUAUUCCAAAGAUUUUUUUUUUUCCUAUUUUUGACGAUUGGAGCCCUUAAGAUGCACGAUGGAAUUGUGUUUUGCAUUUUUGGUAAAAGGAGCAAAGCGAGGACCUGGAGAUAUACGCUGGAGCAAUCUCCUUGGAAGGAUUCAGCACGAGUAGAUGGUAAACAUUUAAAGGGGAAAGGGGGGGUUUGUUUAAAAUAGUAAAUCAGUAAGUCACUUCUAAAUUUAAAGAAAACAAAAUUGGAGUUGAAGAAUAAGUAGGUUUCCAAUUGGCUGUUGCCGUUUUUCUUUGAAAAAAAUAAACAUUUUUUAAAAAA